AUGAAGAACGGUCAUCAUCAGACGACAACAGAACCAACAAAUGAUUUCCUACAAACAUUUUUCGAAGUAGAUAAGAAUAAAGAGGAAGUCAUCACAAGUAAUCAGAUAAAGAAUUAUUCAGGAUUCAGUAAAUGGAACAACGACAUUGUUCAGAAAUGGACAUAUUUAUUUAAACUAACGAAUAAUGAUCGUAUAACUUUGGAGAAUGUUUGUGAUUACCUUCGCUUAAACAUAAAAGACGUUCGUAAACAACGUGAUGUACAAGUAGUCAAACCUGAAAAGUCUCAAAUAUCUAACAAUAAUAAUGAACUUCUUGGAUCAGAUAUAGAAGUUAUAAUUGAUCAAAUGCCAAUGAAUAUGAAAAUUUCAAUUGUUAGUGAAUUUCGUAAACUUGUCAGUAAUAAAAAUGGUUUUGAUGAAAAAAUAGCAACAGAAUAUAUGAAAAAUUUUAUGGAUAAACAAUUCUCUUCAUCAUGGAUUGUAUUAAUUGUAAAAGGCUCAUAUUCAGCUACAUUUGUACACUUUGAAGAUUGUUCACUUCAAUUCCGUUUAAAUAACUAUAAUUUUAUUGUAUGGAGAAUAUUUAUGGGAUUUCAUUAG